AUGGGAUGCCUCAGCUCAGAUUGGACCACUGCUGGAACUCUACAGAUUUCCACAGUCACACAGAAACAUGAUAUUCUGACCACAGAUACAUCAUCUACCAAUGUGGUGGUCAUUUACUGUGGUACUGAUAGUCGACAUGAUGUAAACUACAAUAUAAUACAACACUUAGUAACCUGGAAAGUCUGGGUGACCAACUCACAAUGGCAUGCAGACCUGGCUGGUAAAGACUUCAUACUGGACCCAUUCCAUGGAAUUCUUGUUUUUUCACACCACCACCAGGAAAUUUCAGGUUUCAAAAAUUUGAUCCAGGCAGCUACCCCUUUCAAAUACCCAGAAGACACUUACCUCUUUAUGUACUGGUCCAAGAAUUUUGAUUGCUCGUUCUUUGAGUCUGACUGUGCCUUGAAGAACUGCACACCUAAUGCCUCUCUGGUUUGGUUGCCUCCGAAUCGUGUUGAGGUAGAAAUGAGUGAUGGGAGCUACAAUAUAUACAAUGCAGUGUACGCUGUGGCCCAUGCUCUUCAGGCAAUGUUUUCUGAAGAAGUACAAAGGCUACCAAUGAGAAAUGGACAAAUGACAGUGUUUCCCCACUGGCAGACUCCCCGCUCAGUAUGCAGUGAGAGUUGCAGCCCUGGAUUUAGAAAAAGCCCUCAGGAGGGAAAGGCUGCCUUCUGUAUUGAUUGUACCCCUUCUGCAGACAAUGAGAUCUCCAGUGACACAGAUAUGGGACAAUGUAUAACGUGUCCAGACCAUCAGUAUGCCCACACUAAGAAAAACCAAUGUCUCCAAAAAGCUGUGACUUUUCUGGCCUUUGAAGAUCCUUUGGGAAAAGCUUUGGCUGGUAGCACCCUGACUCUCACCUUUCUCACAGUUGCUGUUCUUGGGCUCUUUGUGAAGCACAGAGACACUCCCAUUGUCAGGGCCAACAAUCAAGCUCUCAGAUACACCCUGCUCAUCUCCCUCAUCUGCCGUUUCCUCUGCUCCUCGCUCAUCAUUGUCCGUCCCAACACAGCCACCUGCAUCUUCCGGCAGACCACAUUUGUAGUUGUGUUCACUGUGGCUGUUUCCACUGUCUUGGCCAAAACUGUUACGCUGGUGCUAGCCUUUAAAGUCACUGCCCAGGGCAGAAGGAUGAGGCAGUUGCUUCUAUCAGGGGCACCAAACUUCAUCAUCCCCAUUUGCUCCCUGAUCCAACUCACUCCCUGUGGCAUCUGGAUGGGGACAAAUCCACCCUACAUUGACACAGAUGCUCACUCAGAACAUGGCCACUUCAUCAUCGUGUUCAACAAAGGCUACCUCACCGCCUUCUACUGUGUCCUGCGAUACCUGAGCUUCUUGGCCCUGGAAGCAGGGGACAUGUACGUGAACUGGAAUUUUCUAAAUAAGGAGCACAUAAUUGUACCACCCACUGAAGGCAUAGCAGAUUCACCAAGGACAAGAGCUCUGUCUCCUCAAGAUGCAGAAGAAGAGGCCCCAGCGUGCCUUCUGUUCAAUCUGGGGGAUCUGCAUUCCUUUCUGAAGUACAUUCAAUUCAACAAUCCUGCUGGAGACCAGGUGAACUUGGAUUAGAGAAGGAAACUGGAUUCAGAGUAUGACCUUCUCAAUUUUUGGAAUUUUCCAGAAGGCCUUAGAUUGAAGGUUAAACUAGGCACAUUUUCUCCACAUGCUCCCAAUGGCCAAAAACUGACUUUAUCUGAGUAUAUGAUAGAGUGGGCCACAGAAGUUACACAGAUUCGCCACUCAGUGUGCAGUGAGAGUUGCACUCCUGGAUUUAGAAAAAGCCCUCAGAAGGGAAAGGCUGCCUGCUGUUUCGAUUGCACCCCUUGUGCAGACAACGAGAUCACCAAUGACACAGAUAUGGAACAGUGUGUGAAGUGUCCAGAUGCUCAGUAUGCCAACACUCGGAGAAACCACUGCUUGGGAAAAACUGUGACUUUUCUGGCUUAUGAUGACCCCAUAGGGAAGGUUCUGGCUGGCACUGCCCUGAGUCUCACUGUCCUCACAGCUUUGGUGCUUGCCAUCUUUCUGAAGCACCAAGACACUCCCAUUGUCAAGGCUAACAACCGGGCCCUGAGUUACACCCUGCUCAUCUCCCUCACCUGCUGUUUCCUCUGCUCCUUGUUCUUCAUUGGCAAGCCCAAGCCAGCCACUUGCAUCUUCCAGCAAACCACGUUUGCAGUUGUGUUCAUUGUGGCUGUUGCCACUGUCUUGGCCAAAACUAUGACUGUAGUUCUGGCCUUUAAGGUCACUGGUCCAAGCAGGAGAAUGAGGCAGUUGCUGGUGUCAGGGGCACCAAACUCCAUCAUCCCCAUCUGCUCCCUGAUCCAAAUCACUCUCUGUGGCAUCUGGAUGGGGACAAAUCCACCCUACAUAGACACAGAUGCACACUCUGAACACAGCCACAUCAUCAUCGUGUGCAACAAGGGCUCCCUCACUGCCUUCUACUGUGUCCUGGGAUACCUGGGCUCCCUGGCCCAUGGUGAGCUCACUGUGGCUUUCCUGGCCAGGAACCUGCAUGACACCUUCAAUGAAGCCAAGUUCCUGACCUUCAGCAUGUUGGUGUUCUGCAGCGUGUGGGUCACCUUCCUGCCCGUGUACCACAGCAGCAAGGGGAAGGCCAUGGUGGUCAUGGAAGUCUUCUCCGUCUUGGCCUCCAGUGCAGGGCUGCUGGGCUGCAUCUUUGCUCCCAAGUGCUACAUUAUUCUUUUAAGACCAGAGAGAAAUUCUCUUUCUGGUUUCAAAAGUAAAACACAUUCUGGAAGAGAAAAGUCUUCUUAA